AUGGCCCCAAUAAUGUGCACAAUUGUUGGAGCAAAGGUGACACUUGCCAUCGAAAUGUUCCCAUUGUACACUAUAGGUGAGGUGAAGCAGAAGAUCACCGAGCUAACUAAUUUGAACAGGAAUAGGCUAACUCUUAGGGGUAGCCAUUAUCUUGAAGAGUUGGAGGAUUAUCUCACACUUGAAGAAUGCAGAUACAAAGGAGAGGCAACAAUUCAUCUUGACGUUAGUCCCUUAUCUGGGAAUCCAGAAUUUGACCUUGUGGUUGGGCUUCCAGAGAAUGGUUGGAAAGCAGUGAGAGUGAGAGAGACAAUUACAGUGGCAGAAUUGAAGGACAAAAUCAUGGACCGUUGGGGCAUUCCAACUGAUAAAAUGACCUUGAUUCGCCUUAACACAACAGUGGACGAUGAUUCUUCUCGCUUGAUUGAUUACUAUAUUUCACUGCUCAGUGACAUUAGAGUUGUAGUAGAAAGCAACCAUGAAAGGGAGAAAGCUGUAGAAAGGUAG